AAAAGUAGAGUAGGUCAAAUUCGUCAUCCACCCCCCAAAUUAUCUCAAAUCACAAACACAGAAGAACUCUCAAUUUCUUGUUUCUUCUCCAAUUUCCACUCAAUCAGGACCAACAAUCACUCAAUUAAGCAAACACUGUUACGCUAACGAACACUCAGAACAAUUCCAAAUUCUAGGGUUUGUUCAAUUUUAUUGUUUAACAGCAACAGAAAAAAUAUAUUCAGAAAUGGUUACUUCUCUAUCAUCUUCUUUACCAAACCUCAUCCUCUCACCUUCUUACAACAGAAUUAAUGUCAAUAAUACCGUUAACCCACUUCUUCUAAGGCCUAAAUUCAGUUACUUUUCAACUAUCCACAAGCCAUUUCUUCGUGGGUCGGGUUGUGUUGCUCGUUUUGGGUUCAAACCUGGGUUUUUUCCUGAACCGGAUGAAGGGUUGAUUCAAGAUUUGUUUAGUAAAGCUGAGAGUGUUUUUUACACUAUUGCUGAUGCUGCUGUUGCUAAUUCUGAUGCAAUUGAUACUACUACUAAGCAGACUAAUAAUGAUUGGUUUUCUGGUAUUGCCAAUUACAUGGAAACUGUGUUAAAGGUUUUGGAGAGUGGGUUGACUAGAUUACAUGUUCCAUAUGCUUAUGGAUUUGCAAUUAUUCUGUUAACUAUUCUAGUUAAAGCUGCCACUUUUCCUUUGACUAAGAAGCAGGUAGAAUCUGGAAUGGCAAUGCGGUCUAUACAGCCCCAGAUAAAAGCUAUUCAGAAACGCUACGCGGGAGAUCAGGAGAAAAUUCAGCUGGAGACAGCACGUUUAUAUAAAGUAGCUGGCAUAAACCCGUUUGCAGGUUGCUUGCCCACUCUUGCUACAAUACCUGUAUGGAUUGGACUAUAUAGAGCCCUUUCAAAUGUAGCAGAUGAGGGACUUCUUACUGAAGGCUUCUUUUGGAUACCCUCCCUUGCUGGUCCAACUACUAUUGCUGCUCGUCAAAGCGGCGGCGGCGUUUCUUGGCUUUUCCCUUUCGUUGAUGGACAUCCACCGCUUGGAUGGUCUGAUACCUUUGCAUACCUUGUCUUACCUGUGUUGCUGGUUGUCUCGCAAUACGUCUCCGUCCAAAUUAUGCAAUCAUCACAGAGUAAUGACCCAAACAUGAAGAGUUCUCAAGCUAUAACACAGUUCCUUCCAUUAAUGAUUGGUUAUUUUGCUCUUUCAGUUCCCUCUGGUUUAAGCCUCUACUGGUUAACAAAUAACAUAUUGAGCUCAGCACAACAAAUAUGGCUUCAAAAGUUGGGGGGUGCAAAAAAUCCUGUAAGCCAAGGAGACCAACUUCGUGUUCAGAAGUCUCUCUCUGAAUUAGAGUCUACGAAGAAGUCUGUUGUCGUAUCAGAUGCUAUAGAAACUAAGGCUGUGCAAGUUGAAAUUUCGACUCCAGAAGGAUCGCGUCCUGGUGAAAGAUUUAAACAGCUAAAGGAGCAAGAGGCUAGAAGAAAACAACAAAGAGAAGAAGAGAAGAGGAACGCUGAAGGGACUGCAGCAAAUGGUAGUCUACAAAAUGUGUCAGAGAGGGAGAACGGAACUAGUAUACCUACCACUCCUGGCAUAGUUGAUGAAAGGUCCGCGAGAGCUGUUCAUGAUUCGUCCACCACCGAAGAUAUUGUAAAUGGUGAAGUUUCUAGUCCUGAGGAGGCCUCUGAGAGGGAUGAAGAGCGGUCCUAUGAAAAUAAACCAAAGGUAAAAGUUGAAGUUCAUGGUAGUUUGACUACAACAGACAGCAAACUUACUGAAGAAGAAACACAUCAAGUCAGAAGAGAGUGAAUACAUGGUGUAGUGAUUACUUUUAUUCCAAGUUAACAAGACUUAACCGGCAUGAACACAUAUCUGUUACGUUGACUGCGGAGAGCAACCUUUGUCAGCGUUUUAGCCCAGAAAGCGUACAAGCGCAAACAACCUUCACGAAUGCCAAGUAUGAAUUAUAAAUCAGGUCGGUAUUUGUUCGUAUCAAUGGCUGUUACAUUCGUAUCAAUGGCUGUUACAUAUUCUCUUAAAUCUCGAGAAGCUGAUAGGCAGUAAAAGUUUCCGAAAAAUAUAAUGAAUUGCUAGUGAGCCAAUGUCACAAUUUGUGACUCAAAUAUAUUUAUUUUAUAAUGCAAAAGUUUCAAAUAUUGUUAUAUUAUACAGAGAAUUUUGCACAGAUGAAAAUACCUGGAAUUUCUUGGCGUA